CUAACAAUUUUUUUAAUAUUAAUUCUAUUAAUAGUAAUUAUAUGAUAUACUCUCAAAACUUACUAUCAAACCAGCUAUAAUAUAAUGUUAAGAAUCAAUUGGCAUGAAUAAUUCAUGUUAUUCGAUUCGUUAUUUGGAACCAACAAAUAAACUUCACCUUCCAAAAUAAUCCGAAGAUACUGCUGGUACGGCUUGUGAAUUGUGAUCAUACUUUUAUGUUUUUUAAAAUACAUCUGAAUGAUGAUAACUUAAAAUAAAGUAGAAUUAGAAGCAUAGGAAAUGACUAAGAAAAUCAGUCAAAGGGGAUUGGAUCCAUGUAGAAAUCGAUAAUGGAAUCCUCAGUUGCUCAUUCAACUACAAAAUCCGUAACACAUUUUGGAUAAUACCCAAAAGACACCACCAAUCACUAACACACCAUUAACAACCAGUAAAAUUGAAAACUCAGCACUUCAGUUUCCCCUGUAUCCAACACACUGCAAAAUCCCAUAAUUUGGCCAUGCUUAGUAGAAAGAAGAAGAAGAAGAAGAAUGUGGCCAUCACAUCACAUACGCGCCACAGAUCUCUGAAGAUUCCAUGGCCGCAAAGCUCUUCCCCUACUAACUACUAAGUAGUCACCACGUCCACUAACAACCCAUUCAACAUCUCUUAUGUAUAAAUACCCACAAAUGCAGCUCCCAUCUCAUCAAACCCAAAAGGCAUUUUCCAAUCUUCUGCAGAAUUAGACAUGGCAGCCAACAACAGCCAUCUCAUCACCGUCUGCUCACUGCUUCUGCUCUUCGUCCUCCCAUCAAUGGCUGCCAAACCCAAGUACCACCACGCUCCCACAACCCCGCAGAAGAAAUCUGACGUCGUGGUGGAAGGAGUCGUCUACUGCCAGAGCUGCAAGUAUGCCGGGUCGUGGUCUUUGACAGGCGCCAAGACGAUCCCAUCAGCUAGAGUUAGCGUGACUUGCAAGAAUUCGCGCCACCAGGUGAGCUUUUACAAGGCCUACCAGGCUGAUAAACACGGCUACUUCUAUGCACAACUCGACGGGUUCAAGUUGAGCCAUGGAGUUUUGGAUCAUCCCCUCCAGGCCUGCACUGUGAAGCUUCUUUCUUCCCCUCUCGCAACCUGCAAUGUGCGUACCAAUCUUAAUUAUGGCAUCGAUGGAGCGAAGCUCAGGUCUGAGGGUAAGGUGUUGAGGUCUCCUCACUAUGAGGCUGUGAUCUAUGCAGCUGGUCCCUUGGCUUUCCGCCCUGAAACGUGCUCAAACCAUCAUGGUUAAAACUUAAAACAUGAAUGACACCUUUUUUUUUUUUUUUUGGUCAUGGGGUUUCAAGGCCUUGCCUUAGCAUUUUCUUUCUGGUUUUCAUUAUUUUUGUUGGAGUAUAAGAUCUUCCUCGUGUUGAGUUCUCAAUGUUGAUCAAUAUCGUCUAUCAGCAAUUUGUACCCGCAUUCAAAUGAGUUGAAUCUUUUUAGCAGAGUGUUAGUCUCUCUUGUCUUCCUGACCUCCUUGCAUUAUUCCCUAUAACCCAACCCAUCAAUAGCCUCCAAAGUCUCUAACGUCCAGUGCCAUCCCAAACAGCAGAGUGUUGAUCUUAAUAAACUUAAGACUUCAAA